UCACUGCUGCAGUGUCUCAGUCUCUGACCUUCCUCAGGAACCAUGCAAGCAUUUGUUCCCAGGCUGUAUCUGACUCCGGUCAGGGAUGAAGAAGCAGAGUCUCAGAGAAAAGCAAAGUCUCGUCAUGCCAGACAGACCCGCAGGUCAACACAGGGUGUGACUCUGUCGGACCUAAAAGAGGCUCAGAAGACCAAGAGCUUUCCUCCUCAGGACAGACAGACGGAGGGAGCAGGCACAGCAGACGACAGGUCCUGUCUGAGGAAAGGCUGCACAGAUGAGAGGAGAGUCACAGCCACGCGGACAGAUUCCACGGAAACAGCAGGGAUGAGUCCAAAAUGGAGCAAACUGGACGAGCAGGGAAACAUUGAAGCCAGGCUAGAAACCCUCACUGAGUGUCCAACACCAAAUAUUUCAUAUCUUUCUGUUGCUGAAUCCUGUGGCCUUCUCCACUGCAACACUUCAUUCAGAGUUGCUGAAAGAUGGUGGCGAGAUGAAAAUCAGAAUCUUGUGGACGACGCAGCACAGACGGGCUUCAGUGAACGGCCGCACCAGAGACGACGCUGCCCUGAUGGCGAAGGUCCAGACUUUGACAUGACAGAGCAUGACAGACUGUCAAGAUAUGACUCCAGUGGAGAGAGUGCCACAGAAAAGCCACUGGGCCGCACCAGCUCUUACACACGAAGAGAGACAAGACUGGCCUCGCUCAAUAAACAGGAACAAGACUCUGCCACCAAAGACUACAAGAAGAUGUACGCUGACGCUUUGCACGAGAAUGAGAGGCUGAAGUCCAGGUUGCAGGACAGCAAACAGGAACUGGUUAAGAUUCGUACCCAGCUGGAGAAAGUCACUCAGAGACACGACAGGUUAUCAGAGAAGUCAUCAGUACUUGAAUCAGAGAAAAGGGAAAAAAGAGUUCUGGAGAAAAGAGUGUCAGACAUGGAAGAGGAGAUAAAGCAGGACGCCCCACUGCGGUUCCGCUGUGGGUACCAGCCCUGAGGGCAGGCUGGGGUGGGGACGAUCUUAACAGAGCUCAAGUCAGACAACCAGAGGCUGAAGGAUGAGAACGGGGCGCUCAUUCGAGUCAUCAGCAAACUGUCCAAAUGAAAAAAGAUUAUCUGAAGCUCCGUGGACACAGUUUAAAUAUCCCUGACAUCCAAAGUUGUGCCUCCUCUCUGGUGAGAAAUAACUGGUGCAGAAUCAAAAACAGAGUUUUACAUGAGUUUCCGUGACUGUUUCCACUUAAAUGGGUUUCUGUUAUUUUUUUAAUACAAAGUAUUUUACACUAAUCAAAUAGGGACCAGUUGUAAAUCCAGGGGUUUGCAUGAAGAUACUGCGUCUGAUAUUAUUAUCCACUUAAUCUCUCUGAGAAGUUUGUUACUUUACAAAAAAAAGAGAGAAAGUAUUUUAAUGAUCUAAUUCAUGAAUGGAAAGAAAUUGAUUACUACUGAAAUGUUCAGCGACAGAAGUGUAUGUUACUGCUGUGCCAUAAAAAUAAAAAAAAAAUGGAUUAGUUUCACAUUGUAAAGUGAAAAGUUUGGACAGUAGGACAAUAAAAAAUGUCAAAAAACCUUUCUGGAUUAGCUAUAUAUGUGUUUUAUUGUUAAAACAUAAAACAUUUCAUUUCAUAAUCCAUAUAUUGUUAUAAAUCAUGUUUGAAUGAGGAACUUAAGUUCUAUGUUGUUGUAAUGUGAUACUGGUGUGGUUUUAUAUUACUCUUGUGUUGCAGCACUGCUCUGCUCUGCUAUGCUGUGUUUGGGUUUGAAAACAUGGCAUCAUUAAAGGCUCCAAAAUUGGUUUCGAUUAAUUAAUUAAAAUGAAUUUUCCAUUCAGGAUUUAAAACCAGACUCAGGUAAAAUGAAACCCUGCAAACGAUCUGUUCUAAAGAAAG